GUUUUUCGAAAGCCAAGUCACAGAACCCCUCCUUUUGUAAAUAUUGAUCACUCCACGGUAGUUUUUGUUAUAUGAAUGGUGCCACGGAUCCCCUGGGUGGGUUUCACAGACUCCCUGGGGUCUGCGGACUAGCAACUGGGAAGAACCACUGCCUAGCAGAAAUCUGGAAGUUUGUGUUCGACAUAAAUAAGCCUGUGCUUUUGUCAUUUGUGCACAUCGAGGUUCAGAUUUCUUGCAGCUGGUGUUUACAAUCUUACCAAUGUUACAUAAUCCCUGAAGGCAUAUAGGGUUAGAAUCUCAGGAUUUUUCACCAGAGGACAUGGAGCUUUCUGCCAGCGAACUCAGCAUUUAUGAUAAACUCUCAGAGACCAUUGACUUAGUGAGGCAGACCGGUUAUCAGUGUGGUAUGUCUGAAAAGGCCAUUGAGAAAUUCAUCAGACAACUCUUGGAAAAAAAUGAGCCCCAAAGGGGACCCCCACGCUACCCUCUUUUGAUGGUACUCUAUAAGGGCUUGGUUAUGCUGGGGUUAGUUUUACUAACUGCGUACUUUAUGAUCCAGCCGCAUACGCUUUUGCCACCCGAAGCGACGCUCUCCAGAACCCACGCGUGGGGCUCCCUCAUUAGUCAUAUCCGACUGCUGCCUUUACCAAUUACCAAGAAGUAUAUGCUAGAGAAGUGUCAAGACUGGUGGGGCUUGGAUUGUAGACAGAACGUGUCUCAGACUGCCAACUGCUCCUGCUCUGUGAAGAACCUUGUGGCUACUGCUGACCUAGGGCAGCUAUCAGAAAAACUACUGCAAACUCAGCCUCUCUUCAUCAAGACAGCACAGUAUCGGUCUUAUGCUGAAAUGAAGCAUUUUCAGUCUCUGUACCCUGGAUUGACAGAUUUCAUCAUACUGGAAGAAACAGCUGAGAGAUGGAGCAGUCAUCCAGGGCAAGGAGUUCACAUUUUCUGGCAAAAUCCUCUGAAUAAAACUCGGAUUCUGCAGGAGAUUUUCCCCGUCUUCUCUUCGCUGCUGCUUCCAAAGACUAUUUCUCUGAAAAGCUGUUUUCUCAUCCACAACUCAAGACUUCAGGAUAAGACAUACAGACUGCAGAGCACCUUUGUGGUUGGAAGUGGUCAGCUUACCUUGAAUGUUAUCCCUUCUCCAUUGUGCAGAGAACAUUGCAAAACAGUGACAGUGGAGCUGGAAGCCGGGGAUAUUGGCUUUGCAAAUGUGGAUUAUUGGACAACAGGCUUUAACUCCAGGGGAUCAGAACCUACUGUUGUUUGUGAUGGAUCUGCCAGUUAAAAACUGUCGAGAGGUGCCUUUUGCAGAAUAAGAACACUCGGGAUCCAAGGCGAAGGAAAUGGAAUACAAAAGAUUUAAGGAUGGUUAGCCACCAUUUCCAAGGAUGUAUCUUUACCCCGUUGUGUGCACCUGCAGUGAAGGAAGGAAUACACUUUAGAAGGGUAUCUUCUCUUGACCUUCAAGAUAACUUUGGCCUUUCCUUCAAACGUCUGGGUAGGAGUUGGAGGUGCCCCCCCUUUCUUUGUGUAGAUUUCUUCUUGAAAGCAGUUGUGUUCUGGUGUGGGGUGAGGGUGGAAUUGCUCUUUUGACACACUCUACAAGUGUGCAAUGCACUCUACAAGUUUCUUUCCCCACCUCUUCCCUAGUGUUGAGAUACACAUUCUUGCUGCUUUCUUGGCCUGGGUCAGUUUAAUGUCAGAUCCAAGAUUUUUUUUCCAAAAUGACUAAUAGUUGCAUCAAGCAGCCAAAUUUGCUAGAGGGU